AUGAAGCUCGUACGGUUCUUGAUGAAGCUCACGAACGAGACGGUUACACUCAGUCUCAAGAAUGGCUCAACCGUCACCGGCACCAUCACUUCUGUCGACAUGCAAAUGAAUACCCACUUGAAACACGUCAAACUGCAACAAGCACGCGACUCAACGGGUGCGCAACCGGAUUUAAUGAGCUUGGAUACGAUGAGUGUGCGUGGGAAUAAUAUCAGGUAUUUUGAACUACCUGAUUCUUUGCCGUUGGAUACGUUGUUGAUUGAUGAUGCACCGAAGGGGAGGAAGAAGGCGGAAGUGGGCAUGAUGCGUGGUGGUGCAGGUGGACGAGGAGGACCAGGACGCGGUGGAUCAAGAGGGAGGGGCGCGACGAGGGGAGUCUGA